AGGGAGGAGGAGGAAGGGAAAGAGCCUUUCAACGGGGACAGAAGGGAAAGAGUCUCCGUUUCAAUGGAAUAAAAACUGCGCAAUUUCUUUAAGGACUGCCUGCUCUGAUCGCGGUGGACCAGUCCUCUCUAGGAAAUGGAUAUCAGUUGUGUUUUUGGAUAAUUAGGGAAUCCGUGCCCAUUGCAACCCCCGCUGCCUCGGAGGUUACAGGAGCUGGCGAUUUUUACCAGAUGGUCUUCAGAGGAGGAAACGAGCCGUGCAAUCAUUUUAGAAAGGCGAUAUGACUGUGCAGAGAUGCAAGAUCAGUGAUGAGUCUAUCCGUCAUGCCUUGCCCAUGGGCGAACGCAUCAACAUUUUCUCAGCCUGGACUGUGAUCUAUCUGCGUGUACAGUGCUCCCCGUGUCGACGUUUGCACCUAAACGCGUUAUGGAUGUUGAAUGGGGUUUCAUGUUUUUUUGGGAGAGGGCUUUUAGGGGGCUGCGUCAUCCGUGGCUGGGAAAGGAGAUGGACUGCUUUGCAGAUUUUCCACUAUUCCACUGUUUUAACAGCGAGAGUCAGCACAGUUACCUCCCCAGAAGAUUUUGGAUUGCACAUAGAAGAGGAAUGAGGAUCAUGGCUAAGUAUUGUGCUAUGUUUGAAGAACCACCAGCACCUGACUGAAGCUGCAAGUGAAAUGUCUGACCCACCAAAGGCAAAAAUGGGCUAACAUUAUAUUCCCAGCCUGUCAAGAUGGACUGCUGCUUAGGGAUGGAAAACACCCAAACUAUUCCAUAGUGAUGGGGAGCCAUCUGCAAUUGCUGCAAGCCCCCACCUGCCCAGGUAAAGGCAAUAUCUGGCCCACCCUGUUACAGUCAGUACACACCCGGAGUGUGCUCAGCAGUGGCAGGAGGUUGGAGGUGUCAUGGUGGCCUGCUGAAAGAGACAGACUACAUUACCCAUGAUCAGGGUUGAGGAGACCCCAGAGAGAUGAUUGGCAGCCGAAGCUGAGACACAACACAACUGUGAAUCAAUAACUUGGUGCUACUCUAAAAGCUAACAGGCUUUUGGGUUCUUGGUGCUAAAGACAGAGGAGUCGCACAGUACAGAUAUUCUCAGUGUUGGAGUGAGGCCCUCUCUGUGCUGCAGUGGAGGGCUUCACAGACACAGCUAGUCUGGCUGGAUGCAUCACGCAGUAGAGCAGUUUGGCGGGCGUGGCACACGGGAUUCCUUCCCUCUGGACGGACUCAACCGGGGACCAUGGGCUCCCGUGGGCGGCCGCGCCUGGCAGCCACCUGCCAGGUGUUCGCCUGGAAUGAACCAACACCAGCUCCUUUCCCAUCUACCUCCUGGUCCUAUGGGCGGACUGAACCAUCCCAGUAAAUUCUUUAGUAAUGGGCCCAUGCGUGGAGGUGAGAAGCUUGAGCUUCCACAGCCAAUGUUACCAGGUCUGCAGAGGGAACAGCAGAGACCACCGCCUCCUCCUCAUCAUCAUCUUCACCCUCCACCUCCCCACAGAGCAUGGGAGCAACUAGGUCAGCUGUAUGAAUCCCACCUCCCGCCUCAAGGACAUCCUGUUGUGCCACUGCCCAAUGAGCACUCACUUCGUCUCCAUAAUGGAGGCUAUGCAGGCAGCGGUGGCCCUCCCCCCAACCCCCAUCCCCCCCCCAGCAGGCCAAACCAACUGCUGAAGUUUGGGGGUCCUCAGGAGCAACAUGUUCCCCGGGGUCCACCAUUGCUGGGAGAUGAGAUGUGGGCUCAGAUGCACCCGCAGAGAGGCUACCCAGGGAAGAUGUCAGGGGGUCAGCUGAAGAGACCGGGCCCUCCACUGGGAGAGCACUCUGUAAUCCAGCACACUCCUCCACCAUCCAUGCACCUGUCCUCCCGCCCAGCUGCAGAGGACUGUCCCAGUCCCAGCAAGAGGAAAAAGAGUUCAGAUCAGGUAUCCCAUCCUGGGCUGCAGCGUUUUCCUGGCCAGUCUUUAUCUCAGCACCAGUCAUCAGUACACCACCUCCCUCCAAAAGCUGCCUUCUGGAACCCCCUUCACAAGAACAACAGCACCCCUUGGCAGCCUCAGACUUCUGACCGCAAGAACCUGCCAUCACAGGAGUUCCAGCUCAGAACAGAAACCAACAAACAAGGAAUGGGUAGCUACACCCAAAAGUCCUCUCCUGCCUCUUCCACCCCUUCAAACCUCUCCCCUCCACCAAACUCCUCUCCGGGAAGCUACAACCAGGGAUGUGCUCCUCAGCUCCAGAAAGACGCGUUCCAACCUCAGGCUGUAAACCAGCAGUCGCCUCACUCCUCCUACCCCAGCCCCAGCUCCAAACUGAGGCUAGCUCCACCCUGCCAGGCCGUGGAGCCUCGUGGUCCUCCGAACCAGAGAGGCCCUCUCAUUGGGGGCCAAGGUGGCAGCCAAGCUACCUCUAACACGGCAUCUACCCCAACCAGGGAAGACAGAGAUCAACACCCACGCGCCCAGUCGUCACCAGCAAACCCUCCUGCAACCAGCAACAACAACAGCAGCAGCAGUGUGCCUUACAACCACUUCCAGCCUCAUCCAGGGCUGGGGCACCAGGGUCCCCCUCCUCCUCCUCCACCACCUCCUCCUGCCAGCAGCACAUCAGUACCUCAGCAACUGCAAAGUGGGCCCCCUGAGGCCUGGAGAUACCAGAGCAGGCCUAGCAGUCACUCCCUAGAGUCAGGCAUCUACAGGCCUCCAGGACUGCUACCUCAGCGCCAGCAGAGCCACAAUCAGGUGGUAGAUAGUCGGGUUCCAGGACCUUCCCAGCACCACCAUCAUGUCAGCCCUCCUCUGCCCCCAACCAACUCCACUCCAACACCUGUCAUCACCGCCAAUCUUCCCAUAUCCCAAGCGUCUUGCUCUAUUGGUGGCUAUAGCAACAGCAGCAGCUCUCCAAGUGUAACUAUGGCUGGUGUCUCCACGGUGACAACACGACCCUCUGCUGGUUGCCCUGUAAACAAUGGCAGCAGUAAUAGCAGUUGGCAUAGAGGAACAGAGCCAGUACCCCAAACCUCUACGCACAGCGUCACUAGCCCCACCUCUCAGCUGGAUGCUCUGCUGCAGCCAGGAUGUCAGAGAGGCCAAACUGCCACUGCCAGCCUGCCUUGCCACCCAGAGCCACCCAGACCUCAACAACAGGAGCCAACAAAAUCCCGGCCUGUGAAGGGGAAGAUGUCAUACUAUGAACACGUUGAAGUGGAGCAACCUCCUGCAUUUUCCUCACCACCUUCUUUGUUCUCCUCAGGGCACCAGAGGUCAGGGGACAGUGUGAUUACAAGCAGAGUUUCAAAUCCUCUUCCUGUCUCUCCUACUACAUACUGCCCAGCACCGCACUCCACUGUCAGUACAGUGCGGCAGCCAUCCAAUCCAGCCCUCUCCUCCAGACAGGGUCAUCAGUCAGAAUUUGCUUCAACUCAGUCAUACUCUAAGUCACAGAUUUGUGCGCCAGCUCCAACCUCUGUCCCUCAGUCCAUUGAAGAGGCUUUAGACAAGCUUGAUGCAGAGCUGGAGGGUCACAUGAAAGCUGAAGAAAGAAGAAAGAGGGACAGAGAGGAGCAAGAGAGAAAAAUGAGAGAAGAGGAGAGGCAGAAGAAAGAAUGGGAGAUGAGACAAAAGCGAGAUGAGGAGAGAAAAAGGAAAGAGUUGGAGAAGAAGGAAGAGGAGAGGAAGAAGAGAGAACUGGACCGACAGGAGGAGGAGAGGAGAAGGCGAGAAUGGGAGAGGCAAGAGCAGGAGAGAAAGAGGAGGCAAGAAGAGGAGAGGAGGAGGAGAGAAGCUGAGAGACUGGAGGAGGAGAGAAAAAAGAGGGAAUGGGAGAAGCAGGAAGAGGAGAGGAAAAAGAGAGAAUGGGAGAGGCAGGAAGAGGAGAGGAAAAAGAGAGAAUGGGAGAAAAAGGAGCGGGAAAGAAAGAGGAGAGAGUGGGAGAGGCAAGAGGAGGAGAAGAAGAGGAGAGAAGCAGAGAGGCAGGAGCAGGAGAGAAAGAAGAGAGAACUGGAGAGACGGGAGGAAGAAAAGAAAAAACAAAGAGAGCUGGAGAGGAAAGAGGAGGAGAAAAAGAGAUUGGCGCGGAAGAGGGAGGAGGAACUGUGCAGUACAAAAGGCAAAGAGCAGACCGCGAUUGAAAAUCUAGAGAGACUGCUCUCUGACAACACACCCCCACCUCCUCGCCUCUCUUCUGUUACUGCACCUCCCUCAGGUCCAUCGCCCCCCAGCUCCCAGGCUUCACCCCCUUACCCCUGGCUGAGCCGCGGUGGUGUACUCCCCUGUCCACCAGGCCAGACACCCACCGCCACUACUCCUGUAGAAAGGCUGCGGCCACCCCCACUUACACCUCAGACUGAGUAUGCCAGAGAAAAGCAGAGGCAGAGGGAGAUGUGGAGCAACAAUGGCGGAACGACAUUCAGUCCCUCAUCAACACACAAUACCUCAGGGAUGAACCAGUCGGUAUACCCCAACAAGCCCCCGGCAAUGCAAGCCGCACCCAUCCAAUCCAAAGACCCAAAGACCAGGGAGAGAGACAGCAGCCAACACUCACUCCCUGCCUUGGCACUUAGAGAGCCCCCCAAACUUUAUCAGGCUUUUCCCAGAGAAAACCUUCCACCACCACCUUUGUCCUCCACCUCCAGCUCCAUGACGGGAAUCCUCAACAAGCACGUGACAGGAGGUGGUUUGGAAAGGGCCAGCAGCUGUGGCGCUGACUCUGCCCAGUUUGAGGAAGAGCCGUCUGAGAUGUCCACACUGCUCCCCGAUGGUCUUGCUAACAUUAUGGCCAUGCUGGAUGAAUCCAUCAAAAAGGAAGAGGAGAUGUAUAACAGUGAAAAGACUGGGUCCUCGGGUCUUGAUAACUUUACUCCUAGUGUCCAGCCUAUCAAGAGCUACUUGUGUGCUCCAGACCUCAUACCAGCAACGAAGCAUCAGCCCAACCAAGAAGACUUCGGAUCCAAUCCACACGCAAGCCCUCCUGUGCUCAGUCGCCAAGGCUCUCUGGCAUCCCCUUGCAGUCGAACAUCUUCUCUCAAUGAGGAGGAUGAAGACUACCUUAAACCAUCUCCAAAUGUACCUCUCAACCCUAAACGGUCCAUGGACAUGGGAGUGGGGAACACCAAUUACCGCCACAGUGACCUGGCCAAACUAUAUGGCCUCCCUGAGCAGACUAAAAGUGAGGCUGAUGAGGACGAUGAAGAUGAGGACUCUGAGACACCAUCUUGUUCUCCACCACCUCAAAGACCCCACCUUCACCAAACAGGUGUAAACAGCAUGUUCAAGUCCCUAGCAACUGUCCUAGAGAGUCAGAAGUAUGCUUAUCGUGGUGGGCCUUUUGGAAGACCCCCUCCAUCAGCUCUGGUUGGUGUCAAAUAUUCCUCCUCACUGUCACUGGGCCCCGAUAUCUGCCGCCAGCAGCAGGGCAGUUCUCCCACAUCAGAUUCAACCAAUCCACCAUUCAGUCCAGCUGUUCCACCUCUGAAAUCCUCCCCUCCUCCUCCGCUGGAAGACAAGAAACUGAAAAUAGAGGACACUGAUGUCUGGAGAGAUGACGGAGACACAGAGGACAGAAUGAACUUGAUCAAAAAGGAGAGUAUUUCUACCAUAAGCCCUAUUAAGGUGGUCAAGGAGGAGCGGCUGUUGACCACCAUCUCUGAGUCUUCUCUGGCAGAGUUGGGCAAAAGCUGCGAGGUCUUGCUUAGUCGACAGUCACUUCCAAAUAAGAACUCCCUUGAUAAAUCUGAUGGUCAUGUGAAAAUGGAGGACAGGCAUAAACCUGAGAAAGUAAAGGAACACAGAGAGAAAAGCAGGCACAGAGAUAAAGAGAGGGAGAAAGAUAAGAAGAGGAAGCACGGUCACAGCCACAGUAGCAGCAGGAAGCAUGAAGACAGGAAAGAAAAGAAGAAGCAUAGAGAAAAGAGGGAGGAGUUGGCCUUCUCCUCUUCUUCCUCAUCAUCAUCUUCUUCCACUCAUUCCAGUUCCAGCCACAAGCGGCACAAGGAUGGCAAGAGCCAUAAGGAGAAGAAGGAUCGCAGAAUUCUUGGUGACCUCAAUCUUCAGAGCAAAGAGGGGCCUGAGAAGAAUCGGAGUCAUUAUGAAACAGAUAAAAAGAAACGCAAGGAAGCAUCUGGUGCCAGCUCUACCAGUGAAGCUGAGCACGCAGAAUGGACCUCGAGAAGUUCUGGAGAAAGAUCCCCUGGUGACAAAAAAGGCUCUGAAUCUAGCUCUUCAUUGGGUUCAACGGACUUCAUGAAACUGAAGGCUCUGUCAGAUGGGCCACCCAAAGAGCUGAAGAUUCGCCUUAUCAAAGUGGAGAGUGGGGACAGGGAGACAUUCAUCGCAUCUGAGGUAGAGGAGAAGAGGAUCCCAUUGGAGGAUAUCUCCAUUAAGAACACUGCCAGUGAAAUCAUCAGGUCCUGCAAGGGGGCCAGAGUGAAAGGGAAGUUUAAAGAAUCAUUCCUGCUCCCAGCCUUCUCUGUCAAGCCCAUCAUGACCACAGAGGAACCCAUUCCCAGAGAAAAACUCAACCCGCCUACACCUAGCAUCUAUUUGGAGAGUAAGAGAGAUGCCUUCUCCCCCGUCCUACUGCAGUUCUGUACAGACCCCAAGAAUCCUGUUACGGUAAUCAGAGGCCUGGCUGGAUCUCUGCGACUCAACCUGGGGCUGUUUUCUACAAAGUCACUGGUGGAAGCCAAUGCAGAGCAGGCGGUGGAGGUGAGGACUCAGGUGCAGCAGCCUGCUGAUGAGAACUGGGACCCCAGUGGGACAGGCCAGACAUGGCCCUGCGAGAGCAGCCGCUCCCACACCACCAUCGCUAAGUAUGCCCAGUACCAGGCCUCCAGCUUCCAAGAGAGUCUGCAGGAAGAGAAAGGCAGCGAUGACGAAGAUGAUGAAGAUGAGAAGGAGAAGAAGCCAUCCAGUAGUUCUGAUACCCCAAUCAAGGACAGCUCUAAAGAAAGUAGCAGUGUUGAGCAGAAGCAAGUGGGGAAGAUAAUUAAGUUUGGCACCAACAUUGACCUCUCAGAUCCUAAGAGGUGGAAGCCCCAGCUUCAGGAGCUGCAGAAGCUGCCAGCAUUUAUGCGUGUAGCAUCAAGUGGAAACAUGCUGAGCCAUGUCGGACACACCAUCCUUGGCAUGAACACUGUCCAGCUCUACAUGAAGGUUCCAGGGAGCCGAACACCAGGUCACCAGGAGAACAAUAACUUUUGUUCGGUAAACAUCAACAUCGGCCCUGGAGACUGUGAGUGGUUCUCCGUCCAUGAGAACUAUUGGGAGGCCAUCAGUGACUUCUGUGAGAAGCAUGGAGUGGACUACCUGACAGGGUCCUGGUGGCCAGUUUUGGAGGACCUCUACAACGCUAACAUCCCAGUGUAUCGCUUCAUCCAGCGGCCUGGAGACUUGGUGUGGAUCAACGCUGGAACUGUUCACUGGGUUCAGGCCGUUGGCUGGUGCAACAACAUUGCCUGGAAUGUCGGACCUCUUAAUGCUUACCAGUACCAGCUGGCCCUGGAGAGGUUUGAGUGGAACGAAGUGAAGAAGGUCAAAUCCAUCGUUCCCAUGAUUCAUGUGUCCUGGAACGUGGCCCGCACUGUCAAGAUCACUGACCCGGACACCUACAAGAUGGUCAAACACUGCAUGCUGCAGUCCAUGAAGCACAUCCAGAUCCUGCGGGACCAACUGGUGGCUGACGGCAAGAAGAUUUCCUAUCAAAGUCGGGUCAAAGACGAGCCAGCCUACUACUGCAACGAGUGUGACGUGGAGGUGUUCAAUUUGUUGUUUGUGACAAGUGAGAACAACAGCAGGAAGACGUAUGUGGUUCACUGUGAGGACUGCGCACGUCAGCGUAGCCCCAACCUGACCAACGUAGUGGUGCUGGAGCAGUACCGCAUAGAGGAGCUCAUGAACACAUAUGACUCCUUCAGCCUGGCCUCCUCCUCCCGGUGACAGAGCUCCCCUUCUGCGUCUCCUCAGCCAUAACCAAAACUCCUGCAAGUCAGGACAAAAGACAGUUUCACUUUGGUUUUCAACUUACCCUUUCAUUAUUUAAGAUCAUUUUUGCUACUACUACUACUACUGCUAAUACUUGCCGAACAGCCAGUUGAAUACGUUUACUCAUCAUUACUGUUUACAAAAAGAAAUACCAAGCCGCCAAUAAAAUACCAGUUUACUCUCAGAUGGUGCUUUCAACCAGACACCCUGGCAACGGUGAAGUUGAGAACCAGGGGGCAGUUGGUGCUGCCAUUGAACAAACUGCAGAGGGUAGUUAAUGGUUUCAAUGGUGUGUUUCUGUCAGUACCAGAGAGAACUUGUUUCUGUUGUUGUUGUCUUGAAUACUGAAAUUUGUACAUGCUGUUUGCAAUUUUUGUGGGGUGCUGUCUUUUUUAAAAAUAAUUUAUUGUUUUGUUUUUUCUAAACUAGAUCAGCCUAGAUAUAUACCACAUUGGCCUUGUAUUUAGAAAAGAGAGAAAAUGAAAAAUACUAAUAAUAGAGAUAUGAACAUUUUUCUAAAGCAUUAAGAAUUUAAAAAAAUACAAAUGUUUGGAAUGCUUCAAAACAUACGGGUUUUAAUGACUUUGGUUGUUUUGGGGGGAGGGAUUUCAUUUUGUCUUUAAGAUUCUUGUAUGUGUUGUAAAUCUUGUGUUUGUAUGAAUUAUACUUUUAUUUCCUCUGGAGAUUAAUAUUCAGUUGUCACUUAUCAUCAGGUCUUUUUGUUCAUUUCUUCCAUCUCUGUAUGGACUAUCUCUUUAAAAAAGAAAGAAAAAAAUCAUUGCCAUCUGGUGUUUGUGUGUUGUACCUCUGAUUGUUUUGUUCCAGUAUGCAGACUUAGUAUUUCCUGGAUUUUUUUUUUUCUUUUUGCAUUGUACAUUUAAUUUAAAAUGUUUCCUCUAUUUAUUGGAUAUCAAUGUUCUCCCUUUUUUAAUGGGGUUGUACAAGUUUGCGAUUUUUUUUUGUUUUUGUUUUUAUUUUUUAAAGUGACCGAUUGCUCUGUAAGAAUUGAAAUGUGGGGGUUGUGUGUCCACGGGAGUGGAGGCUGCUGUUUCUCUGGUGCUUGCCUCUCAUGACUCCUGCCUUUUCUCCUGAUAUAUAUUAAAUGAUAUCUUUAUCUUGAAUAUAACACCACCUUUCCUGUAGACAAUAGGCACACUGCUCACGUAGAGAAGAUGACUAAUGGAAUGCUGUGUUUGUAUGCUCAUUAAGGAAAAAAAAACUUUUCCAAAGUGUUUUGAGAAAUGGUAAUUUUUUUUAUUAUGUAGGGGGCUUUUAGACGAGAUUUUAAUGAUUUUAUGAUAUUAUCUGUUAAAUAUGAUAAUGGGAUAGAUGGUGCUAAAUGUUCUCUUUGAACAACUUUUUUUUCUGUUUAUCUUCUUAAAAUGAGAAUUCUAUUUUUCCUGUUGCAAUAUUACCUUACCCUUUUCCUUCUCUUUGUGGUCAUUUAUUUAUAACUGCACUGUUUAGAGAAUUCACACAGACAUACUUGCAGACACACACACCAAACUGAG